GUGAAGGCGAAGGACUUAUGUGUGUCUGGAGUGCAGGAAUCUGUCGGCAACAUUAGUGUGUAGCGGUGGUGUAGUGGCUUAGAAAAUGGACACGUUAAAUAAGCUGAAGCAGUUUGACGCUUAUCCCAAGACUCUGGAGGAUUUCCGAGUGAAGACGUGGGGAGGAGCGACCGUGACCAUCAUCAGUGGUGUCAUCAUGUUCAUCCUGUUCGUCUCUGAGCUGCAGUACUAUCUCACGAAAGAGGUCCACCCGGAGCUGUACGUCGACACGUCACGAGGAGACAAACUGAAAAUCAACAUUGAUGUCAUUUUCCCUCACAUGCCCUGCGCGUAUCUCAGUAUAGAUGCGAUGGACGUGGCCGGUGAGCAGCAGCUGGACGUCGAACACAACCUGUUCAAACAGCGGCUGGAUAAAGAUCUCAAACCCGUCACCCUGGAGGCGGAAAAACACGAACUUGGUAAGGCUGACGACGGCGAAGUGUUUGAUCCCAGCACACUGGACCCCAACAGAUGUGAGAGCUGCUACGGAGCCGAGACUGAAGACCUCAAAUGCUGUAACACCUGCGACGACGUGCGGGAAGCGUACCGGCGCCGAGGCUGGGCCUUCAAGAACGCCGACACCAUCGAGCAGUGUAAGAGGGAGGGCUUCACACAGAAGAUGCAGGAGCAGAAGAACGAAGGCUGUCAGGUUUACGGCUUCCUGGAGGUCAACAAGGUGGCAGGAAAUUUCCACUUCGCUCCGGGAAAAAGUUUCCAGCAGUCCCAUGUCCACGUGCACGCUGUGGAAAUACACGACCUGCAGAGCUUUGGCUUAGACAACAUCAACAUGACCCAUCUGAUAAAACAUCUGUCAUUUGGUAAAGACUACCCCGGCAUCGUAAAUCCUCUGGACGGGACGGACGUCACAGCGCCACAAGCAUCAAUGAUGUACCAAUAUUUUGUGAAGAUCGUUCCUACCAUCUAUGUGAAAACUGACGGAGAGAUAGUAAAAACGAACCAGUUCUCAGUAACAAGGCAUGAGAAAGUGGCCAACGGGCUAAUAGGAGACCAGGGGCUGCCGGGCGUCUUUGUUUUAUAUGAGCUGUCACCCAUGAUGGUUAAAUUCACAGAGAAACACAGAUCAUUCACACACUUCCUAACGGGGGUUUGUGCCAUUAUUGGAGGUGUAUUUACAGUGGCCGGACUGAUCGACUCGCUCAUCUACCACUCGGCUCGUGCCAUCCAGAAGAAGAUAGAGCUGGGCAAGGCGUCUUAACAGCGCCCCCUGCUGGCCUCCACGGUGCAACACAGAACCAGGACACUGACACACAGAGGCAGAGGGACAGAGAGAGGACGGACAGACGUGCGCAGGGAGGCAUUUGAAAGCAGGAGUUUGUUUCCUCUUCACCUCUCUGCUGUCUGUUAGACUGAGAAAGAGAGAGAGAGAGAGAGAGAGGCUUUAAAUCAGAAAGAUUUCAAAUUCCUCUGUCUCUCUUUUCCUUUAAAGCUGGAAGAGGAACUUUUUUUUUUAAUUUUCCUCUCCGGUGUUAAAUUUGAUGGCAACAGGACAGAGGCAGAGUUUUUGUCAGAUUGAUCUUUAGCAGAUUGGAGGACGCCUCACUGACUCAGCCCCGGUCGGCUGCUUCCACACUGGGCCGAUGCUUCGAUUAACAGCCGUGAAUGUUGAAUGUCUGUUAGAGGAUCUGUGGUCGAGACGCUCGUCUGGAGGAUUGAGGAGGAGAGGGCGUGGACGCUUUGAGGAAUAUUUCACCCAAAUCAUUGUUUUCUUACACCUCAUGUGACCUGGACUCAUGGAUGGAUCUAGGUUGUAGAUUGAAUGUUAAGUCUGGUUUAUUUCUGUCAACAAAUCCCACGGGAAGUAAACCAACCAUAAACCAUGUCUGCUUACAAUUAUGGACAAACCAUCUGAGACGUCACCUGUAAGAUACGAGUAAGAGGCGGGGGGUUGAUGUCGGAUAGCAUCUCAUUUCAACACACAUUGGCCACGCCCCUUAGUUAUGUAUCACUUCACGCCCUGAUAAAAGUUCAAUAAUGAAGAUGAAUAAAAAUUAACUGUUUUCAUGAAUGGACAAAUCACGUAAACAUUUCUUUGCACCAGUGUCGUCCUCUAGUGGACAUUAGAGGAACUGUAGUUUUUAAAGCCCUGCAGUUUGCUGCUUGGACCCAAAAAGAGCGUCGGUCUAACACAUCAUUGGUUUUAAUGGGGUUUGUUGACAAUAAAAAAAGAAGCUGAACAUAGCCAGACUUUUAAGUUGUUGCCACAUAUCCGUAUACCCUCCACAUCUAGUGUUUGAACGUGGCUAACAAUUAAUUAAAUUCCAAUCCUUCACACAGCUCUGUGUCAUCUAUACAAACAUUAUUGUGCUUAACAACUGAUUUGAGAUAUUUUGUUUCUGUGAUCUGACCCACUUUUUGUCCAGGCCUUAAGUUGUGAGUAGUUGAUACAAAAAAAAAAGAAAACAACUGGGUGAUGUGUUCCUACAAAGCCAAACCACAAUCAAGCAGAUAAAAUAACCCAACACUACAAAGGCAGAUCUUUGUCCUCGCUUGGUUUAAAGCCACUAUGUCUAGGUUUUUGUUUUGUUUUGUUUGUUUUCUUUUUAAUCAAAUUGUUCGUCUGGCAUAAAAAAGUGCAGGUUAAUUCAGCCCCUUCAUCUUCACUUCCCAUGUUUUCUUUCUGGGACGUAGGGUUCAGUGCUGGUGUGGGGUCAUCUUUUUCAUUUCAUGUUGUGUCACUGUUUCCUGAUGAUUCCAGUUCACGUUGGGUUUAGCAAAUGAUCAUGGUUAGUUUUGAAAAAAAAAGAAAAAAAAAAGUCACACUAUUACUCGCCAAAACACCUGAAUAACUUUUGAUUGGGUGGCAGGUCCACUGUGUAAAUGAUCGCCCCCUGCAGGUACUGCACCACACACUCCACUAAGCAGCAUAAAACAUGACUCUGAUGCAGUAUCCCUAAAGUGAGAGUAAACCAGCUGUUUGUUUUUUUGUUUUUUGCUAGCCUCUUCUAACUUCUAAACAUAUCAUGUAGUUAAUCAGUCAGUCUGCAGAGCUAGUCAGUCCACAUCCUGGUGUAUUUCUUAAAUUGUCUUACUAAAAGCGUGGUAUUGUGCCAAUUUUUAACGUUGCCAUUUUAUAACAAGUAGUUCCGACCAAGCAAUCUGAUUGGUCAAUAAGACACUUAGAACAUGCUCAAAUCAGCAUUACAGCACGACUGACUCUUCACUAAAAAUAUUGCUCUGCCAAGUCUGUGGCAGCAUUGCAUCCAUCUCCAUGGCAACACUGUAACUGUCAGAGCUGGAGCAGGAAACGGCUGAAAAAUACGCUACAAAGUUUGUUGUUAAUUUCGAUUUUUUUCACCAUUUAUAUGGUGGUCUCAGUUUCGAUGAAUGGUUGGAGGAGGAUGAGAAUAAGCAAAAAAAAAAAUGCAUUAUUGAUUAAGUUCGGUAAAGUCCGAGACCGCGUUAAAACAUGAACGUCAGCUCAGAGUUCACUCAUCUGGGACUAGAAAAUCAUUUCUGUUGCUAGGUCAUUACUACGGUUCGGAUUAUCUGCUGUAGUGGUGAACUGGGUUCCAUUGCACAUAGGAGUCUACUGAUGUUUCUGAUUGUGUUCCAGUUAUUAGUCAGACCCCAUGUAUUUCCAUGGAAACGGGAAGCACACUCGCAAAAAACUUUUUGAGAGCAAAAUGUCCAUCAACAUGAAUAUAUAUUUAAUUAUACGCUUUAUUUUGUUGGUAAUUGUUGUAUAAUCGCAAUGUUACCCACUUCGGUGAUGCGUUCAGAAUAUUGCUUAAUUCAUUCAUUACCACACAUAUGAAGCUCAGAUUAGUUCUGUUGUUAUGGCAACCAGAGAAAAGCCCUGCUCCUGUGUUUACACGGACCGUAGGAGAAAUCUGAUGAGAUUCAUAUUUAACUAUUUAAAUAGGCGUUUAAUAAAAUUCCCUGUAGCUCUGCUUGUAGUGUAGUGACACAUUUGUCCCGCUACACUCCGCCUUUCUCUUCUCCUCCAAUCUGCAGAUUUUAGACCUUUAACUUUUUUCCUAACUUUUCACUCCCUUACCUUUUAAACUGAUCCCCACCAAAAAAAAAAAAAAAAGAAAGAAAGAAAAGAAAUGUGAUUUUACCACUUUGUGUUGUUGUAAAUAGUGUACAGACACAUUCAUCACUGCCUCGGAGAAGGGACGGAAACAACAAACAACACUAAUUUCCUUUUAAGAUAAUCUGUAAAGGGCUGAUACUAUUCUUUCUUUUCAUCCUGUGGGAUAAGGGGACGUGAUCCGCCCUGAUGAACUGCUGUCUAACGUCACUGUUUUCGUAUUCUUUUGUUGUUCUGGCCCGAUGGGACGAUGUUGAAGAGUCACCAAACAACCAGUAGCUUCAGAUGAUCUUCAGUCAGUAAAUGACAGGGCUGACGGGUGGAGGGGUGGAGAGGUGGGGGGGGGCAGCUUCAAACCGCUAUUCUGACUUUGUUCCUGACUCACAUGUUGAGCCCAGAUGUUUCUUGUGCAGAUUGGAUCUUGGCUUCCGCGUUUAUUUUUAAUCCUUAGACAGACAGAAGCAGACUCGGAGGUGAAGAAAACCAUUUCUCAAAUAACCACGCUGGUGUUUCAGCUCAUUAACCGUGAGUCAUGCUCAGUUUACGUCAUAUUCAACUGUUAUUUCAAAAACGUUUUUAUAUUAAGCCUUCACUUUAUCCAUAGGGGUUUUAGUUCAUUUUAAGGUGUCGCAGAUAAUCGGUCAUCUGUGCUUUAUUUUUGCUGUUUGAACCAUGAACUUUCUCUUGCUGAGUUCAAGGAGAACUGGAAAUCCUAAAUUUCAGAGGCUACCUGGACUACAGUGUCCCAGUGCUCACGUUUAUUUAAAUUAAAUGUCAAGUCAUAACUAAACAUCUCAAGGCUGUUUUAGACCUUGCAGGACUGGACCAAACCUCUUUCGUGCAUUUAUUCGCCCUCUUUUCUGGCUCUGUGUUGGUGCUUUUGACAGUGUGUUGAUAAGGAAGCAGGUGUAAUCUGCCUCAGUGUGGCUACAGGCUACAACAAAUACUCCAGUGUUAUGUUAAAGAGACACCUCAACGGUCCGAAAUAUCUCUUCUCUCUGUUCUAAAGCUUCUGAGGUCUGAAUGAUGCUGUUUGAUCUUAAACUCGAUGGUUGGGUUGUUGCACCUUUUAACAUCUAAAUCAGGGGCAGGGGUUGUGUGUAUGUGCACAGGUGUGAGUGGGCGUAUGUUCUGAUGCUGUAUGUGCGUGUGUAUGUGUGUAAGGGUGAAAGAGAGAGAAAUGUAUUUAUAUUUUGAUCGUCCUCAAACAGUUUUUAAAAUGAUAAAAUAAAUGUUGAAUACAGCUUCAA